AGCGAACUCUCAACGGCAGAGCCAUGUUUUAUAGCGCUACCAAGAAAAUUGUGAGCGAGAUUGACCCCGACGGCUUCACGCUGUUUCCUGUGAAAAGCCCAUAUGAUUCUCCAAAAUGCAAACCACUUCACCUAGUCAUCAAAAAGAAGAGAAAUAUGUUUUCCAGAAGAGAAAAUUAUGUUCCCACUUCUUUCAGACUGACUGAUAUAUUGAUUGAUGGCAAAGAUUUAAAUUUUGGAUUGAGUAGCUCUAUCAUUGCCUGCUACUCAGAGGCUUCCAGCACCUCGCUCAGUGCCCAAGUGUGUGUGGAUGCCGGCAAAGUUAAUGUAGGAGCACACGUUUCAACAAGUUCCUCAGACGCCAUGUCAAAUGUGGAAAUGAGAAAGCACACAAUCUCUGAAUGCACGCUGCUGGAUGUUGUCCUAGACAGGAAAGUGGACAGAGAACAUCCGUUUGUGAAACGGAUGAAGAGUAAUAUGGUUUAUGUGAUACUGGAAGUGAUAGAGACGGAACACGCAUGUUCUGUAAAUGACUCAGCUAAGGCCGCAACAGGAAUUAAAUGGCUGUUGAGUAAGCUUCUGAAGACUGAAGCUGAACUCAGGAUGAGUAGAGAAAGGAAGUUAACUUUUCCAGCUGGAACAUCUCUUGCGUACAUGUUCUUUGAUCUGAGGAUUAGUCCAAAUGGUACCCUGGAAUUAAAUUGGGCUAUGAACGCCCAGAAUUCUCCAACUUCAAUUAUUGGAAUUUGCAUUUCGGAAAAGCCCAAGCUGAGAGCAGGACAGCAAAAUACAGAAAAUAUUGGGGGUGAAAAUGACUUCAGGCCAGUUUGUUACGAAAAUGAAAGACAUGGUAACAGAAGACUUAUACAGCUAAAAUAUGACCAGAAACCCUCAACGGUUGUUUUUUUUGCUGAGCUGACGAAAAUGAGUGCGGACAAGAAGCCACUGUUCCUCAACGUGAUCCUUGAAAUUCUUGGCCACAGUGAUAGCUUUUUGGUUCUUGAUGAAAUGCUGGACCAGAUUUUGGAUGGAGUGCAGCCUGACCUCCAAGUGCUGGAUCAGACGGAGGAAGAUAACAGAGCGUGCGUGGAGAAGAUGCUGGAUCUGUUGGGAAUUAAGAAGGAAAAUCCACCAGGAGAAACACUCGCUCUCACCGCAGAGUCCGAAGGGAUCAUCCGGGCGAUAAACACUCUCAUCCAGUCACUCAGCGAGAUGGAUCCUGAAACUUUAAUCCUGUUGGAAAUCAGUGUUGAGGCAGAGAUUAUAUCCAAACAGCUAAAGCUGGUGACAAUAAUUGAUGACAAAUGGUCGGGAGCUCCUCAAUAUCAAUGUGACCUCCUGGAGGUUAAGGAAGACCCUGAGAAGGUUCUGAUCACUCAGUUCACGGACGAGGAGUUUGAAAUAACUCAGCAUCUGCUGGAAGAGUUUGGAUUUCAACUGGACAGAGAAAGUGCUUCGGCUUUGUGCAUUAUGAACCGUAAACAAGGAGACGUACUUGCCCUCUUUGCUGCUCUGUACGCUCUCAAUGCGUUAUGUGACUGAGCUGUUGUGUUGUGCUUCACACCCACUGUUCAUGGUUCUCUGACAUUAGUUCACAAGGUGUUGGAGCAGAAUUAGGCCAUUCUGCGCAUUGCGUCAACUCUGCCAUUCAAUCAUGGCUGAUUUAUCUUCCCCUCUCAACUCCUUUCUCCUGCCAUCUCCCCACAACCUUAGCCCUUGCUAAUCAAGAAUCUGUCAAUCCCCACUUUAAAAAUACCCAAAGACUUGGCCUCUACAGCCGUCUGUGGCAAUGAAUUCCAUAAAUUCAUCACUCUUUGGCUAAAGACGUUCCUCCUCAUUUCCAUUCUAAAGACAGGUCUCUCUCAAGGCCCACGGGUGGCUGCCUGUGCAAAGCCAUGUUGAAAGAUGUUACAUGCAGGCAUGUAUCUGAAGAAAUACACUACCCUUACUAAUCAAGAACCUGGCAAUGUCUGCUUUAAAAAUACCCAGACUUGGCGGCACACUCCCAAAUACGUACAGGUUUGUAGGAUAAUUGGCUUUGUAUAAAUGUAACUUGUCCCAAGUGUGUAUAGGAUAGUGUUAAUGUGUGGGGGUCGCUGGUUGGUACAGAGUCGGUGGGCCGAAGGGCCUGUUUCUGUGCUGUAUCUCUAAACUAAAAAUACUAAACUUGGUCUCCACCACCAUCCGUGGCCAUGCAUUCCACAGAUUCACCACCCUCUGAAUAAAGAAAUUCCUCCUCAUCUCCUUUCUAAAGGUAUGUCCUUUUAUUUUGAGGCUGCCCCUCUGAUCCAAGACUCUUCCACUAGUGAAAACAUCCUCUCCACAUCCACUAUAUCCAGCACGGCUUUCCUUUCAGUUUUCUGUGACCUUGAUGGGAACUUUCUCCCUUGGUCUCUCUUUGGCUGUUUGAUGCUCAGUAAAACUCCAUGAAUCC